AUGUGUAGGACGCCACGCUGUGAGAAGGUAGGGUUGAAAAAAGGACCAUGGACUCUGGAAGAAGACAAGAAGCUCAUGGCUUAUGUUCAAGAACAUGGCCAUGGAAACUGGCGUUCGUUGGCCACCAAAGCUGAUCUUCAAAGAUGUGCAAAGAGUUGCCGACUGAGAUGGAUUAACUAUCUCAAACCUGACAUAAAACGAGGAAGCUUCAGCUUGGAAGAAAACCGCACUAUUAUACAACUCCAUGCUCUUCUUGGAAACAAAUGGUCAUUGAUAGCAGCUCACUUGCCCAAGAGAACAGACAAUGAAAUCAAGAACUAUUGGAACACACAUAUCAAGAAAAAGCUUAUGAGAAUGGGCAUAGACCCCAUUACUCACAAACCAAUAACCAACACCAAUACGAGCCACAUGGCACAGUGGGAGAGUGUAAGACUCGAAGCUGAAGCAAGAGAAUCCAUGUUGCAAGUUGGAACCUGCUCCUCCCAUCAAACUCGGUUAAUCUUAAGCAAAAUAUUACCACCACCACCGCCAUCACCAUGUCUAGAUGUAAUCAAAGCAUGGCAAAGUUCACAGUCAUCAGAGUCACCAUCAACCACAAAUAACAACAACAACAACAAAAUGAAUAACAUGUAUGCCAUCAUGCUUGCCACAGAUGACCUACAAUCGCCAGUAUCCACUUUGAGCUUCCCCGGUAAGAAGCUUCCUGUUUCAACCAAUAUUGGGAAAUUCACAGAAAGCUCACUCUCAAAUGAGUGUGAUGGUAAUAAUAACAUCAUAGAAACUUAUAAUGUGUCAAACUUGCAAGACGAUAACAUUAUGCUGGCGGUGGAAGCAUUUAGAGCUACAAGACGUGAGAGUGUUCCAGAACUGGUUAACAGUGCCACUGCUAUGGAAGAAGGUCCAAUUAAUGAUUCCUUUGAAGAAUACCAAAACUUUCCAUUAGUGGAACACUGCUUACCAUGCACACUUGGAUAA